AAAUUAGAAGUUCGGCAGAUGUCGGCGCGUCGAGACGUAGGCGCGAGCGAGCGCGCCGCGAGCGCGUUGCCCGCGCCUUGCCGGCCGCCCCUUAUCGCCUUAUCAGCCCUUAUCACACACUCAUCGCGAACUGAUCGCGCAAUACCGCUUGAUUCACACACGUGCGAAUUACUUGCUCGCAUGUGACAUACGACCAUGUUGGCAAAAUCUGUGCUGUUUAUUGUUAAUUUGUGUAUAUUGUUUGGAUUUUCAUCUGGUCAAGUCCAGCAACAACUGCUGAACAAGCUGGUGUGCAUUGAGCACGCGGAGUGCGGCGCGUGCCUGUCGGCGGCCUCGCACUGCCGCUGGUGCGCCGACCCCUACUACAGUCCCGCUGCGCCGCGCUGCAACGACGAUGAGAGUUUAGUUUCGACGGGGUGCAGUCAAGGGAUGAUCCAGCGACCGGAGAAGCCAGUGUGGGAGGUGGCUGAGAACCGCUCACUGCAGGAUAUGCGGCCUGACCUGCAAGAGGCUGUCGUACAAAUACAACCGCAAAGGAUCAAACUAUCGCUAAAACCGAGGGAAACUCGUAAGAUAAAAUUUACGUAUAGACCUGCAAAGAAUUAUCCUCUAGACUUAUAUUACUUGAUGGAUCUGACUUGGUCUAUGAAAGACGAUAAAGAAACUCUUGUGUCACUGCGUAACGAUUUACCUGCGCUAUUGAAGAAUCUUACUGAUAAUUUUAGGAUUGGUUUCGGCAGUUUCGCGGAGAAGCCACUUAUGCCGUAUAUCAGCAUGGAUCCGCGCCGGCUCGCCAACCCUUGCUCCAGUGAGGAGGAGGAUUGUGAAUCUACCUACAGUUACAGACAUCACCUGUCAUUAACAAACAAGGUAAAUGAGUUUAUAGAACACGUAAACAGUAGCUCGGUGACGGCAAACUUGGACAAUGCAGAGGCGCAGCUAGAAGCUUUGGUGCAGGCGAUAGCGUGUGGAGACAAGGUCGGCUGGUCGCCGCAGAGCCGGAAGAUCGUCUUACUGCUUACUGACGGACUUAUGCAUACAGCAGGGGAUGGGAAGCUUGGUGGUGCGACUUUGAGGAACGACGAGAGCUGUCAUAUUAACGAGGACGGGUAUUACUCCGAAGCGGGUAGUUACGACUACCCGUCUAUAGCACAAGUGUUUCGACUGCUAGAUAAGUACAAGGUUAACGUGAUAUUCGCUGUAACAGAGAGCGUAAAGUAUCAUUACGACAGUUUACAUCGUCUCUUAGAGGACUACACAUACGUGGCGAGGCUGGAAAGUGACAGUUCCAAUAUUUUGAAAUUGGUGAAAACUGGAUACGAAGACAUCGUCAGUGUCGUCGAUUUCGAAGACGACUCCGAAUCGGGCCCCGUGAAGGUCAAAUACUUUAGCGACUGCGGAGUGAAAGGUCCAAUGGUCGAGGCGACGCGGUGUACCGGCGUCGAAUAUGGUAUGACCCUGAAUUAUGAGGCCCAUGUCAGUUUGGAUUCUUGUCCAGAGUACAAAAAGAUGAGUCAAACAAUAAAAAUAUCAGAAAACCAGCUGGGACAGGACUCACUAACUCUAGACGUGGACAUCCAAUGCGGUUGCGAAUGUGAAGGCGAUUUGCAGAAAGACAUUUUGCUAACGUGUCCCUUCAACUCGCACAUCGUCUGCGGCGUGUGUCAGUGUAAUAAAGGAUGGUCAGGUCCAUCUUGCGACUGUUCAAUCUCGGACGAGGCCGCGUCCGCGCGUCUGCAGGCGCAGUGCCGCGCGGCCAAUACAACGCGCACAUGCUCGGGCGCCGGCGAGUGCAUGUGCGGCGAAUGCGUAUGUGACCGCGGCUACACCGGCCGCUACUGCCAGUGCCCGACUUGUGAUAUCAGUCUUGAGAACGGAAUGGAGUGCGGCGGCGUGGGGCGCGGCGUGUGUGCGUGCGGGAGCUGCGCCUGCGCGGAGGGUUGGGGCGGCUCAGCGUGCGACUGCCCCGAAGACACUGCCACCUGCCGCGCGCCCGGCUCUGACAACGUCUGCUCUGGACAUGGCGACUGUGUUUGUGGUCAAUGCCAGUGUUCGAUGACGGAGGAGGACGGCAGUAAGUACACGGGCGCGUUCUGUGAGACAUGCGCGACGUGUGAAAACCCGCUGUGCGCGAAUGCCGAGCCCUGCGUGCUCUGCCACCUCAACAGUAGCUGCACCGACAUCUGUCAUAUCGCCAACGUCAAUUAUACUGUCAGCGAGAGAAUGAAUGAACGAGCAAGUUCUGAUGAAUCCGAAACGUCGUGUAUUCUUCGAGUCGAUGAAAACGGCCUCGAAUGCGAGUACGCAUAUACGUAUUACGCCGGUGUUCAAGCUAUGAUAGCCAUGGAGAUUGUCAUCAGAUCUAAAGAGUGUUACCAGCCUACUAGUGCCAGAAUAAUGACAAGUGCUUUAGUAAUAAUGGCAUGUGUCAUCGCCGCGGGUAUAGUUGUGAUAAUGGGCGUGAAGAGUGCCCAAGUUGUCUCAGAUAGACGCGCUUACGCGAAAUUCGUGCAAGAAGCACAAGAAAGCAGAAAGAAUAUGCAAGAACUAAAUCCGUUGUAUAUUUCACCGAUAUCAGAGUUCCGACUACCCGACUCUUUUCCCAGAGACAAACAUGACUAAAUUCGCGCGUGAAAAAUGACAGAUAUAGUGACAUAACCUCUAUGGUUUUAUUGGUGUAUAAGUUGCCAGUAUUUUUGCAUAUUUAAAUGAACUGUGUUUUGUUUUGGAGACUGUUUAUUUAAGGAAAAACAACGAAUUUUUAUAGAUAUGUUUUGUUUUAUAAUUUGCAGUUUUUGUUUAAAUUUUAAU